AUGCAAACCAAGUUUCAACUGGAAAGGAUGCCCCUCCGUGCAGGCAGCCAACUCAGCAAUGAAGACAACGAUGGAUACAGUGAGGCUGGUGAACAAUUCAAACCACUCCACGUCACAAUUACACUUUUGGUGCCAAAGAAGGACCGGAACAGGAAGGUCGCAAGGAAGCCUGACAUCAUCCAGAAACAAUUCCAGCUGCCAGGCAUUCUUGGACACAACAAUCCAAUCAAUCCAUCCAUGUUUUGGAAGACCGGACUCGAAGCGUUGGGUCCUACCUAUGCCGCAAUGUACACCCCCGGCAAUGACAGCAGUCAAUGGCCAGUUUUCAAGUGGAGGAAAGACGGUGCAGUAGUGAACAAAGGCCUCCUCAUCAAGAUGGACAGUGAAUUCUCCUCCAUGAUUCAGAGUGUGAUGCAGCAGUCAAUGGCACCCAGUGCCCUAAGUGUCCAUCCAAGCAGUCAUUUGGUGGGUGGUUAUGGCUGUGUGAACAAAGCACCCAAUGCUGCAGAUCUUACUCCCCUAGAGGCUGAAUGUGCUGCGAAGGUUGUGAAACUUCAAGAGCGGUGGCCAUGCAUUGACACGGAGCAUGGCAGGCAAUACUGCUACGUCCGCAAACCUGGUGAGGCAUGUGUUUCUUUGUCACCACAUGCCCUCAAGCACUGGGCAUCCAGCUGGUAUUUUGAUCACACCACCCACCACCGAUCCAAAUCACAAUCCCAAGGCCCAGCAAAUCCACCUGGCAAUAACCAGCUUGAGGCUCUCAUGACGCUUGCACUUGCAACAUUCAUGUCCACGUUGAAUCCGAAGGCCUCAGUAGCAUCACCUGACAAGUCUCCGAUGUCGCCAAAAAAGAAGGCUGCAUCACAACCCCCUUUCAGCCCCCAGAAAACAAAGCCAUUCCUCACAUCCUUGUCUAUUGAGAAAUUCGUGAAUUGGUGUGACAUGGCACGUGGUGAGGACUGGAGCGCUUGCAUGUCUGGCAUGCAAGCUGAGGAUAUUUAUCCGGACGACCAUAUUGAGAAGAUCUCCAAUGAUGAGCUCCGGAAAGCUCUUGGGCUUGGGCUUGGAUCUGUCCACCGAUUUCGUGCAGCAGCAUCUGAGUUCUGGAAAUUAGAGGUCAAGGCAACAUCCCAGUCAGCUGAUCCUGUCAUGCAUGAUGCCCCAGGUUCUUCCUUGGCUGGACAUAAAUGCAAGGCACCAGAAGACUGGGUGGUGGUCCCUUACAGGCGAAAGUACCCUGAUGGUGGUGGUGAGAGGCGAAUGCAUUUCUGCCACUACAAAGAUGAGUGUACUCCAACUUAUGAUGAUGGUAUGCCAGUAUUCAAUCCUCCCCCUUGCGACAAUAUCGACGACAUAUGGGACCAGUAUGUAGGAGAGCAAGUAAAGCUACAGGAUGAAGGAGUUUGUGAUUAUGUGAUGGUGGCAGAGGGAUUUUGGAUGCCAAUUCCACCAACUCGAGGUAACUUCUUCAAUCCACUCACCAACAAUGCCCCUUUUUAUACGGACAAUGAGUGGUAUUCACUCUAG